AUGGACAGUUGGACGAGCAACUUCCUCCAGUUCGAUGGUCCAAGUCCAUGCGAAUACGAUAGGUGUUUUUUUGAGGAUAACGUGUUGUUCCGUCACUAUCUAAAAACUUCUGUCAAACCCUUUCUGUCAGCCAAGACCCGGCUGUCGAUAGAUGCUUUCACAUGGUGGCAGAACAUACAGAAUGAGCAACGUAACUUCAGUUUUUAUGAAGAAACUGUGGAUAUGCUUUUUGGGAUUUUUCCACCAGUUCCAGAUCUUGGAAAUGCCAAAUCUGGUGGCAACGUGACAUGUGCAUUGGUGGGAAAUUCUUUUAAUUUGAAAGGUUCAAGUUAUGGAUCAAUUAUAGAUUCCAAAGAUCUCAUUAUCAGAAUGAACUUUGCUCCAAUCGAAGGCUAUGAAAAAGAUGUGGGGACCAAAACAUCUCAUCAUGUCAUGUAUCCAGAGAGUGCCGUUGAUUUAGACAAAUCUACUCAUCUUGUGCUUGUUCCAUUUAAGAUACAAGAUAUUGAGUGGCUCAUCAAAGCCUUUACAACAGGAUUUUCUGGAAGUUCAUAUUCACCAAUCAAAUCCAAAAUAAAGGCCAACAAAGAAUUGGUGAUGGUGGUCAGUCCAGCUUUUAUAAAGUAUGUUCAUGAAGUCUGGCUCGAAGAAGUUGGGGAUUAUCCUUCUACUGGCUUUAUAUCUUUGGUUCUUGCACUGAACAUUUGCGAUGAGGUCAGUGUAUUUGGCUUUGGAGCAAACAGCAGAGGACAAUGGAACCAUUAUUUUGAAAAAUAUACAGACAUUAACUUGAAAACAGGACCACAUGCUGGACAACAUGAAUACAACAUUAUACAAGAUUUAGAUUUUGGGAAAAUACUUCCUCACUAA